AUGCUGCUGAAGAAGUCUGGCGCGUUUUAUAGCUUAAUAAAGAGCAGUUCCUUCGUGUUGAAGGCUCCCUCUCGAGUGUUUUCCAGCUUGAGUGAUCCUACUAUCCCACAGCAGGCGUCUGGUAGUAGUGAUCCUGAUGCUCCCGUUGAGAUAGAAAGCAAUCCCUAUAAAAAGGAAGACAGAAAAUGUCUGCUAUGUCGAACAGGAAUUGAACUCGAUUAUAAAAACGCCCGGUUACUACAGCAAUUUGUUUCAACGUUUUCGGGAAGAGUGUAUGAUCGGCACAUCACCGGGCUUUGUGAUCACCAGCAGAAGAAACUUGUAGAGACUAUAGCUUUGUCAAGGAAAGCGGGUUACAUGCCUAUUUUUGUUAAAGAUCCAAAGUAUACGAGAGAUCCGAAAUUAUUCGAUCCUUUAAGGCCAAUUCGGCCUCAUUCGUUUGCUUGA